AUCUGGCAAAUGGCAAAUGGCAAAUGUAUUGUUUGUACUUAGCUAACCAGUAAAGCAAGCUAAUGUAGCUAAAUGCAAACGUUUAACAAGUAACGUUACGUUAAUGUUAACUAGUUUUAACGACUCUUGAAAUUCAAAAUACUCACGGCAACGUACACACUUGCAGUUAAGGCCACUUUGAGUUUAGCUGUCUUUGAGGUAUUGGUCAUGACUGACUCUCUGAAACUCUUGACUGCUGAUUGGUCUCCUACAGUAAUUUUUUUUCUUGAAUAUAAUUCAGUUUUGAAUAUCUCAAUAUUUACGUGUGUUUUGCUAUCAGUUAGUAUGUUACGUUGUUUACAGACGUUCGUGACGACUGCUUUUUACAAACCUGUUAGCCGUUUUUCACGGAUAAAUAACCACAACGAAGUAAAUAACGUUAGUAAGUUAGCUGGUCAUCGGUCAAUUAGUCACUUCCAACUGUAGCAGACGAAUGUGUGUGUCUACUUGGCUAUACUGUGUCAAAAUGUUACCCAACUGGAAGUAUCUAACUAAGAACAUGCACAAGUAAAAGUAAAAAUAAUUGUACCUGUUUCUUAGCUUUUUAAAUUGACUGGUGAAACUUAGAUGAACAAACAGAGCAAAGCAACCUGUUUAUUUGUAACCAAUAAGAAUCUGUUUAAUGUUACCUGAAGUUGUUAAACUUUGAAUUCUGCCACAGCUAAUUAUAGUUGUUUGGUCUUUGAAUAUAGCUUAUACAGGCCAUUACAGGUGUUAUGAGACCAUACAAAUACUCAAUUUCAAUAGUUCAUAUUCGGUUUUGAAUGUAAAAAAUAUAAAAAUGAUAUUUAUGUAGAGUUAUUUAUAAUAAGCCUUAGAAACAAUAGAAAUCCUCAUUUAAAUAGGUAUCUAAAUGAAUGUGAGUGUGUAAGUUCAGUUAUGGGUCUGUAAGAUUAUAUUUUGAGUGGUUUCUGAAGGGUGUGACAAACUUUUGAAUGGUAGUAUCAUAUGUGUUUGUGUUCCAAUUUGCACACAGUACAGUUAUAUGCAGCAUUCACCUCAGUUGGGCCUUCUCUUCGUAAAUACAUAAUUCGGGCUCGCUAAAAUGUCUUUUGACCAUCUGCCUUAGGAUAAGGGAAUAUCUCUGACGUGAAAGUCAAGUUGACAUAAGCAGUCAUGCUGGAUGGAGCUCAAUUUGUUGAGGCGUUGUCACGAUUGGGUUACCCACGGGCGUCUGUGCUGAAAGGUUCUGAGUUUGACUGGUUAUUUGAAACAGCACCAGAUAACCUACACCUUUUAAGUGUUGUCUGCAACCGACUGAACCGCAGCAAUGUUGUAACGCCAGAAGAAUUGCAAGCAUACAAGGCACUCCAGGAGUCCGGUAAGCCCAUCUUGGAUGAGGCGACACUGGGUGAGCUGCUUAAAACCUGUUUGCCUGUAGAUGGAGGUGCAGUGUCACGGAGCAGUGCUACGCUGAGUGGAGAGGGAAAUGUAACAAUUGAGGGUCUCGAGACAGAACUUCAAGCUCUCUGCAAAGAGAAGCAGCUAAAACAACGCAGACUCAAUAAGCUGCAGAUGCUGGCUACCAACUGGGGUGCGAACUCCUCUGCAUCCCAAGCAUUGCUGCAGGAAGGAGGGAAUAGAGUAAAAGAUGCCAACUCUGCCUUGGCAGCUGAAAAUGCAUACACAAAUUCAGCUGGGGAGAACCUGUCAAAGGAGACGACCAAACUGGCUGGAUUUUUCCAAACCGACACUUAUUCUGUAAGGAGUGAAGAUGGAGCUGCUCCACAAUUAGUUCCUCAACCAAGGACCCCAGUGCUCCUCUCCCAGUUGCCUCUAGAGCCUUUCCUCCAGCAACAGGAGCAAUUCACCAAAGUAUUGACUUCCUACACUCAGCGUCAGUUCUUUCAGGGCAUCUCAGACAUGAUGGAGACCUCCACAUCCAAUCACUGCCAGCUGACCAAUCUGAGCUGUUGCAGUGAGAAUGAGGAAAAAGAGGAUGAGGGACUAGUGGAGCUCAGGAAGAAGGAGAUGGCACAACUGCAGUGGGCAUAUAUAGUGGCCCAAUACCAGCUGGUAAAAGAGAGGGCAAAGGAGCAUGGCGAUAAAGCAGCAAAAGAGUGGCUCAUCCAGCAACUAAACAGCAGCACAGAGUCUUUGUGCUACUCACAGGCAAGCAGACUUGAACCUGAUCUGCACUCUGAAAUCCUUUCAGUUCAGUCUGAGAUUCAGUCCCUUCUGUUAGACCCAGUCCGAUCUGCAUUACGAGACUGUGCCCGCCUCCUUAAUAUCCCUGUGGUGCGUGGUGACCUCGCUCUUCAGUUAGCCAGACAAAAUUACUACACCUCCAGGCAGACUGAAGUUCGCGACCAACUUCUUCGUCAAAAGGCCUUCUUUGAACUUGUGCGUCUGGCCCAGGAUGCAGAACUCCUUAUGGGGAAGAGGGUGAUGAAACAGCUUGAUGAAAUACUGAAGAGCCUGGAGGGGGCAGCAGAAGCUGCUGCUCAGAGAGAAAACAUUCUGACACAACCUCACUUAACUCAAGUCCCUUACCUUGGUUCUAAUGCUAAACAACAGGUCAUCACCUCCAAGGACUCAGCCUUUAGCAGGCUCCUGCAGAUGCUUGAGUUGGGUAAGGCCCCCGUGGAGAAAGAGGAUCCAUUCCAAACCUACAGUAGACUGGAAACAGCAGCAUUUAAACUACAGGAGGAUUUGGUCACUGUACAAGAGGCUUUGGAUGGGGCCAGACGAGAGCAAGCCUAUACUGGAGCUCGUUUAGAAAGUGACCGAGAUGCACUCGACCAAGUGGCAUACUCGGACAUUGUGCAGCCUCUUCUGAGGCCGCAGGUAUGUGCUACAGCCACACCUGCACUGGAGUUCUGCCCUCAUGCACAGGAGCUCACAAUAGUUCUUGACGAGUUGGAGGUCAAGCAGAAGGCCUUGUAUACAUCUCUUCAGGACAUAGUUGGGGACUUGAAGUCCAAACGAGGGAGGCUUGAACGCAGUGCCACCCUGAGGAGAGAGAGGGAACUGUAUGUUUAUUUCCAUCUGGACCCAAGACUGCUCAGUAGAGCAGUGAGAGAUAUAGAGGCUCAAGCAAGGGUUAUGUAGAAUCAGAACAAAGACUUUGUCUACUCCAGCCAACAAUACAGGGGUCCCUGCUUCAGAAAUAAUUAAUGUUAUAUGCAGAUAAGUACAUGGACCAUUUUUGCUUCUGUUAUGGAGCUCCGAAGGUUUAAUAUACAAUUUUUUUUUCUUCUGAUAUCUGCUAAACGUUCAUGUUCUUUAGGCAUGUCAUAUUUGUAUUUAGUACAUACAAUUUCACGUCAAUUUGCAUUUUUCAACAAAUGUUGUACUUCACCUUGUAUAUAUUACUUAUAGUUUGUUGGUGAUUAACUUGUAUCUUUGUAAAUAAACAAUUUGUUAUCGCAA